UUGUAUCUUGUUUCAGUUCAUUCCAAGCUUAUUUUAGUCUUACAACCAAGGCCUCCAUUGUUUUAAUCUCAUCCAAAUCUGAAGCUCUUUCUUUGGCAACACUGAACAUCAUUGCCAAAAUGUCUAAUCCAAAAUUUGCAUCCAAUUUUAGCAACUCUGAAACUCCUAAUAGACUUUUUAGAAUUAAUUCUACGAAUUCCACUAUAUCCCGUUCUCCUCUGGUACCAUCUAGAUCAAAGUCUGGAAAUUCCACCAAAUCUGAUACUACAAUGGCUACCUACAAUUCUUCUAAAUUACUGUCUAGACCCAAUUCUAGAUCAAAUUCUAGCAUUUCUUCUAUGUCAAUAUCAUCUAUGCCAAACCCUAACCCUAGAAGAUUAUCCUCUUCGAGAAGAAGUAUCUUACCUACACAACAACCUUUAGUUACAAAGGCUUCUUUUGGAUCUAAGAACACUGUAACUUCAAAGGUUUCAGCACAUAUAUCCAGUUCUACAGAAAAGAUAAAAACUGGCCUUUCCACCUCUGGUGUCCCUGAUACAAGGAAACCUAGACACAGUCAUCAUCAAGACAGUGACACAGUAGUUCAUAGCUUGAAGAAUAUCAGAACAAAUAAAGACCCUCAUCAAACAAGGACCAUCCAUGUAUCUAAUGUUCACCAUAGAGCAACAGAGGAAGACAUAAGGAAUCAUUUCUCUGCAUGCGGAGAGAUAUUGACUGUUAUAAUGCUGAAUCAGAUAUCCACUGGAGUACCAACUGGAGGAGCAAACCUUGAAUUUGCUACCAGGGAAGCUGCACAGAAGGCAUUGAUCUUAAAUGGAAGUAGGUUUAUGGGAAGAGCUUUGAAGAUUUCAUCCCUAUACCAUUCCAGAGGAGAAAAUAAGCACAAAGAUUUAAGAUUAGAUGUGUUACAGUUGGAAAAUCAAAUCAACAUUGCUCAAUGGAAACUUGAUGCACUGGUGGGUAAUAUUGAUAAUUCUCUUACUCCUUCAAAUAAAGAAAGGGCACACUCAGAAGUACAAAGUGUUAAUCAGGAAACAGAAAAUAAUGUCCAUCAACCAGAUAUUGCAAUGGAAGAAGAGACUUACAUUGAAUAUUAUUCAGCUUCAGAUGGUAGUACUGAAAAUUCUUCAGUAUAAAUUUGCUGCAGAUAUCAACUUCUAUUUCAAAAUGUAACUAAAUACAUUAUUCUUGUUUGAAAUACGUAUAUGUAUUACAACU